UCUGCUCUCAUCCUUCUAGACCUAUCGGCUGCCUUCGAUACUGUGAACCAUCAGAUCCUCCUCUCCACCCUCUCCGAGUUGGGCAUCUCCGGCGCGGCCCACGCUUGGAUUGCGUCCUACCUGACAGGUCGCUCCUACCAGGUGGCGUGGCGAGAAUCUGUCUCCUCACCACGCGCUCUCACCACUGGUGUCCCCAGGGCUCUGUUCUAGGCCCUCUCUUAUUCUCGCUAUACACCAAGUCACUUGGCUCUGUCAUAACCUCACAUGGUCUCUCCUAUCAUUGCUAUGCAGACGACACACAAUUAAUCUUCUCCUUUCCCCCUUCUGAGGACCAGGUGGCGAAUCGCAUCUCUGCAUGUCUGGCAGACAUAUCAGUGUGGAUGACGGAUCACCACCUCAAGCUGAACCUCAGCAAGACGGAGCUCCUCUUCCUCCCGGGGAAGGACUGCCCGUUCCAUGAUCUCGCCAUCACGGUUGACAACUCCAUUGUGUCCUCCUCCCAGAGCGCUAAGAACCUUGGCGUGAUCCUGGACAACACCCUGUCAUUCUCAACUAACAUCAAGGCGGUGUCCCGUUCCUGUAGGUUCAUGCUCUACAACAUCCGCAGAGUACGACCCUGCCUCACACAGGAAGCGGCGCAGGUCCUAAUCCAGGCACUUGUCAUCUCCCGUCUUGAUUACUGCAACUCGCUGUUGGCUGGGCUCCCUGCCUGUGCCAUUAAACCCCUACAACUCAUCCAGAACGCCGCAGCCCGUCUGGUGUUCAACCUUCCCAAGUUCUCUCACGUCACCCCGCUCCUCCGCUCUCUCCACUGGCUUCCAGUUGAAGCUCGCAUCCGCUACAAGACCAUGGUGCUUGCCUACGGAGCUGUGAGGGGAACGGCACCUCAGUACCUCCAGGCUCUGAUCAGGCCCUACACCCAAACAAGGGCACUGCGUUCAUCCACCUCUGGCCUGCUCGCCUCCCUACCACUGAGGAAGUACAGUUCCCGCUCAGCCCAGUCAAAACUGUUCGCUGCUCUGGCCCCCCAAUGGUGGAACAAACUCCCUCACGACGCCAGGACAGCGGAGUCAAUCACCACCUUCCGGAGACACCUGAAACCCCACCUCUUCAAGGAAUACCUAGGAUAGGUUCUCACGGAAGGGGAUAAUUCUCACUGAAGCUACAGAAUAAAGCCGCCCAGUUAAAAUCAAGGAACGGUUGUGCUCGUGGUUACUGAAGGGAGCUACAAGACCCUUAUCCGUUUCGAAUUCACCAACUCAAAGACGCUUGCCCGCUCCAUCAUAACUCCGUAAGUUUUCCCUCCCUGUGUAGAUCAAACGUCCUGCCUGUAAAUCCUGGGUAUGCCCACAUCAUUAAUGAAUAAGAUGUGUAGAAAAACUGUUUAUCCAUAGUUAAAUGCCUUUCAUAAAGAGGCUGUCCUGAUUGCAUGUGCCUCAUGUUUAACACGUAUUGCUUGUUACAGAAUACUACUGUUGUACAUCUAAUAUCCCCUAGCAGAUUUCGUUGCCUUUGCACAAAUUCUGUCAUGUUACUGUGGUCUUUUUAAAAGUCAAUAAAUAUGUGUGUAAAGUGUACAUGUUUGUUUCACUGUAGAUCUGUUUAAGACCUCCUAGAAACACCUAAUUUCAUCCCACAGCAUUAAUUAAUAAACUGUGUAGAAGCUGUUUAGCCAUAAGUAAAGGCCUUUCAUAAAGCGGCUGUCAUGAUAAACCUGAAUCUGAAAGUACCUUUAGGAUCUUUUCUUUGGGGUUCUAAUCUCCCCGUAGGUACAUGCCCUGAAAAUCCUUAGGCUGGAGCCAUCUGGAAGCUCUGUGCCUGUACAUAUAAAGAGAACUAAAUAGGAAACUAGGCUGAGAAACAUUAGUUAGACGGCUGUUUAAUUGUUGUUUAAAGCUUGAAAUGGACACAAUGCCAAGGGACCUUGUUUCUAACAUACACGCACGCACGCACGCACGCACACGCACGCACACACACACACACACACACACACACACACACACACACACACACACACACACACACACACACACACACACACACACACACACACACACACACACACACACACACACACACACACACACACACACACACACACACACACACACACACACACACACACACACACACACACACACACACACAUUCCUGCUUCAUAGAUAGCAACCAAAAGGGCAAUACAACUGGGGGUGGGGGUGCCAUGACUCUCCUGUUUCCCCACUCACCACCCUGUCUGUGUCGCAUCAAACGACGAGCAUCGCAUACAACGGGAAGCUUUGCCCUCAACUGGUCAACUUUUAUAUCUACUGCUACCCCAGUCAUAGAAACUCCCAUGUUCUGAGAUUCACUUUUCAAAGCAGAUAGUUUGACCCCACCCUCUUCCUCCAUUAUUUUUAUUCUUUCAAGCUUUAUGUCAGACUACACAUCCUGGUGUAUUGCUGCCACCUACUGUACGGGGUAUUGAAGCAAAACAAAAAUACAAAUAUUUUCCAUUAUGGGAAGAGGGAGCUGAGUAAAUACACAAAUAAAUCAAACAACCAUCCCACUCAUUCAGUCACAUUCAAAUCACAUCCCUCAGGUGCCUGUGAGGACGGGGCAUUCAUCGACAUGAUUACUUGUAAUGCCUCCGCAGAAAAGAAAAAGGAAUCCCCAAAAACGCAUAGCCGCACUCACAAUGAUGCCUAUUGUCUCAGAUUUCCUCUCUGUUUGUGUUGUGCAGUUAAUAAACACUACAAAGUAAUAAAUGCUACAAAGUAAUAAUCACUACAAAGUAAUACACGCUACAAAGUAAUACACGCUACAAAGUAAUAAACACUACAAAGUAAUACACGCUACAAAGUAAAAACGCUACAAAGUAAUAAACACUACAAAGUCCACCUUCUUAACAUGCAACAUGUCAGGAUCCCUCUGUUAACAUGGAAUCUGGUGUCUCUUCUCCUACUACCAUUCCUUCCUCAACUUCACUCCUUUCUUCCACUCUUCUCGCCGCCUCCGGUUAGGAGACAUUCUGGACAGCCCUUAUUCUGACCGCCUCCGGUUAGGAGACAUUCUGGACAGCCCUUAUUCUGACCGCCUCCAGUUAGGAGACCUUCUGGACAGCCUUUAUUCUGACCGCCUCCGGUUAAGAGAUAUUCUGGACAGCCCUUAUUCUGACCGCCUCCGGUUAAGAGAUAUUCUGGACAGCCCUUAUUCUGACCGCCUCCGGUUAGGAGAUAUUCUGGACAGCCCUUAUUCUGACCGCCUCCGGUUAGGAGACAUUCUGGACAGCCCUUAUUCUGACCGCCUCCGGUUAAGAGAUAUUCUGGACAGCCCUUAUUCUGACCGCCUCCGGUUAGGAGACAUUCUGGACAGCCCUUAUUCUUGCCACCUCCGUCUCAUUCACCCGAACAGGACACUUCGUUGGACGGGGCCACAGUGUCUCCCGACCCCUCCUGUCUCAGCCUCCAGUAUUUAUGCUGCAGUACUUUAUGUGUCGGGGGGCUAGGGUCAGUCUGUUAUAUCUGGAGUAUUUCUCCUGUCUUAUCCGGUGUCCUGUGUGAAUUUAAGUAUGCUCUCUCUAAUUCUUUCUUUCUCUCUCUCGGAGGACCUGAGCCCUUUGUCCAUGCCUCAGGACUACCUGGCAUGAUGACUCCUUGCUGUCCCCAGUCCACCUGGCCGUGCUGCUGCUCCAGUUUCACCUGUUCACCGGACGUGCUACCUGUCCCAGACCUGCAGUUUUCAACUCUCUAGAGACAGCAGGAGUGGUAGAGAUACUCUGAAUGUGAUCGGCUAUGAAAAGCCAACUGACAUUUACUCCUGAUGUGCUGACCUGUUGCACCCUCGACAACCACUGUGAUUGUUAUUAUUUGACCCUGCUGGUCAUCUAUGAACAUUUGAACAUCUUGGCCAUGUUCUGUUAUAAUCUCCACCCGGCACAGCCAGAAGAGGACUGGCCACCCCACAUAGCCUGGUACUUCCCUAGGUUUCUUCCUAGGUUUGGGCCUUUCUAGGCAGUUUUUCCUAGCCACCAUGCUUCUACACCUGCAUUGCUUGCUGUUUGGGGUUUUAGGCUGGGUUUCUGUACAGCACUUUGAGAUAUCAGCUGAUGUAAGAAGGGCUUUAUAAAUACAUUUGAUUUGAUUUGAUUCAGAAAUUCAGGUGCAUGUUCACCACCACAAUUGCAGCAUUUAGGCUCAGCUGGCAUAUAAUACUGCUCCCAUUUACAGACAGAUAACCAAAUCAUUUUCAUUUACCCACUGCAUGGGUUUGUGCACGAAGGCUCUGGCUUCCAUUCGAUGGAGUGACACUGGCCCUGUUCAAGAGGAUCAAAACUAUAAUGUAUCAUGGGUAAAUUGUGACUGAUCUACAAAUAAUAAUAAGUCUAGUUAUUUAUGAUGGCAGGUUCUUUGUAGAUCAGUCAUUCGGUAGUCGCCUGCAUAGUCGACUGCCAUUUCGAACAAGCCCUCUGCCGCCAAAUCAAUGGCCGGAGAUCAAACGAGGGGGAUCAACAAAUGCUGGCUACCCAUCUGACAAUAAUGGCUAUGGUAUGAAUAGUCAAUACUCUUUGGUAUGACCAAAAACCCCAGCCUUGUAGGCUUUAAAUAAACCUAGUAGGCACUUACUUACUGUAUUUAUAUGAGGCUGCAAAUUACAAAGGAAUUAAAGUAGGCCUAAUGACCAAACCAACACAAAGAGUGUAGUAUUUAUAUUUAUUUCCAUAAUUGUCAUAUUGUAUGUUCAGUGCCAAGUCUGUUUGUAGGCUAUACUUUUGUACCAAUAUUUGAGGUAGUCUUUGCCUACCAGUAUCAGAAAUCUGGAUCUAUGGAGUCUGCUGCCCCUUAGUGGUAGAUCUGGUAAACAUAUGAACCCUCAGCCCUUGGCCCCAAGUCUUUCAUGUGCGAAAUGACACUGAGUAAAAGGAGUGGAAUGUUAGCUAAACAGACGGGUACUCAGGCUAGCCUAUAUGGCCCUGAUAUACACUGAGUGUAAAAAACAUUAGGAACACCUUCCUAAUAUUGAGUUGCACCCACUUUUGCCCUCAGAACAAUUCGUCGGGGCACGUCCUCUACAAGGUGUCAAAAGCAAUCCACAGGGAUGCUGACCAUGUUGAUGCUGACCUAUGUUGACUCCAAUGCUUCCCACAGUUGUCAAGUUGUCUGAAUAUCCUUUUGGUGGUGGACCAUUCUCGAUACACAUGGGAAACGGUUGAGAGUGAAAAACCCAGCAGUGUUGCAGUUGUUGACACACUCAAACCAGUGAGCCUGGCACCUACUACCAGGGGAUCAUAGCUUCACCUGGUCAGUCAGUCUAUGUCAUGGAAAGUGCAAGUGUUCCUAAUAUUUUGUACACUCAGUGUAUAUUGGACAGUAGAUGCUUAGCGGGAACCUUGGGACAUCCCUACCCUAAACACUAACCGUAACCCUAACUUUAACGGGGUGGCAGGGUAGCCUAGUGGCUAGAGCGUUGGACUAGUAACCGAAAGGUUUCAUGUUCAAAUCCCCGAGCUGACAAGGUACAAAUCUGUCGUUCUGCCCCUGAACAGGCAGUUAACCCACUGUUCCUAGGCUGCCAUUGAAAAUAAGAAUUUGUUCUUAACUGACUUGCCUAGUAAAAUAAAGGUAAAUAACAAUUACCCUAACUUUUACAUAUCUACUUCCUUGGAGUGAUGUCAGAGUUGGAUUCCACUUGGACUUUUCCUAUAUAUUUCCACUUAGACUAUUCCUAAUGGAGUAUAACAUCCUGUGGCACAUCCCCCUUAGACUCGGCCGGCCAAAUGCAUUUCAUUAUAGCCUGGGGAAGAGGUUACAUACCCCUCCCCGUUUCCCAUCCAGCACAAGCUUUCACAUGAAUCUCAUCUGUGGGGAAAUAGAACACUGGUGCUAGUUUUGUUCUGAUGCCAAUACUAUAGGAUUGGGCGACCAACAUUUUCUAGGACAUUGUCUCACAAACCCAUUCAAGAGGGAUUUCAUAGGCAGCUAGUUAAACAGCUGUUUGUAACUGAAAACUACUGUAUGGUUGCCUUUACAGAACAUAAGAUGAGAAUUCACUUCCUUUUCUGAAACCGUUUAAAAUGUUUCUCCUCUAGACUAUGUAUAUUUAUUUCAGUGAUGAGCAAGAAAAGACAAACUGUUUUGUUUAUAUAAGGAAUAACAAAUGAUAAAUCAUUGUUUUAAUAUUUUUUAAUUAUAUUAUGUUAUGUUACCUGCA